AUGGAGUUCAGCCUGAACAUUAUUCUCUUUCUAGCCUUACAUCUCUUGCCUGAGGUGAAAAGCUCAAUGGUAAAUUUGAAUAACAAUGGAUACGAUGGCAUUGUCAUUGCAAUUAAUCCCAGUGUUCCUGAAGAUGAAAAACUCAUUCAAAACAUAAAGGAAAUGGUAACUGAUGCAUCUACUUACCUGUUUCAAGCUACCAAAAGAAGAGUUUUUUUCAGGAAUGUACACAUUUUAGUUCCAAUAACCUGGAAAUCAAAAUCUGAGUACUUAAUGCCAAAACAAGAAUCAUAUGACCAGGCAGAUGUCAUAAUUGCAAAUCCUUCUCUGAAAUAUGCAGAUGAUCCUUAUACACUGCAAUACGGACAAUGUGGAGACAAAGGACAAUAUAUACAUUUUACUCCAAACUUCUUAUUGACUAAUAACUUAUCUGCUUAUGGGCCCCGAGGCAGAGUAUUUGCCCAUGAAUGGGCCCACCUUCGGUGGGGAGUAUUUGAUGAGUAUAAUGUGGAUCGGCCAUUCUAUAGUUCCACAAAGAAUACUAUUGAAGCAACAAGAUGUUCCACCCAAAUUACUGGCCGUAAGGUGGUUUUCAGGGAAUGCAAAGGAGGCAGCUGCAUAACCAGGCCAUGCAGAUGGGACUCACAGACGGGUCUGUAUGAAGCAAAAUGCACAUUCAUCCCAGACAAAUCUCAGCUUGCAAAGGAAUCCAUUAUGUUCAUGCAAAAUCUUGAUUCUGUGACUGAAUUUUGUACAGCAAAUACACACAAUACAGAAGCUCCAAACCUACAAAACAAAAUGUGUAAUCACAGAAGCACAUGGGAUGUAAUCAUGGACUCUGAGGAUUUUCAGAAUGCAUCUUCCAUGGCAGGAACGAAUCCGCCACCUCAUCCUAUAUUUUCUUUGCUCAGAGCCAAACAACGAGUAGUCUGUUUGGUACUUGAUAAAUCUGGAAGCAUGGACUCUGAAGACCGUCUCCUUCGAAUGAAUCAAGCAGCAGCACUGUACUUAAUUCAAAUUAUUGAAAGAGAAUCCUUGGUUGGGAUGGUCACUUUUGAAAGUACUGCUAAAAUCCAAAAUAAUCUAACAAAAAUAACUGAUGAUGACACUUACCAAAAGAUCACUGCAAACCUGCCUCAAGUUGCUGGUGGUGGAACCUCCAUUUGCAGUGGACUCAAAGCAGGAUUCCAGGCUAUUACUUACAGUAACCAGAAUACCUCUGGUUCUGAAAUCGUGUUACUAACAGAUGGGGAAGAUAAUGGAAUACAUUCAUGCUUCGAGGAGGUAAAACAAAGUGGUGCAAUCAUUCACACCAUUGCCCUGGGACCUUCUGCUGCCAAAGAACUGGAGAUCCUAUCAAGUAUGACAGGAGGGUAUCGCUUCUAUGCAAAUAAAGACAUAAAUGGUCUUAUUGAUGCUUUCAGCAGAAUUUCAUCUAGAAGUGGCAGCAUCUCUCAGCAAGCUCUUCAGUUGGAAAGUAAAGCCUUGAAUAUAACGGGAAGGAAAUGGAUAAAUGGUACAGUGCCCGUGGAUAGUACCAUUGGAAAUGAUACUUUCUUUGUUGUCACAUGGACAGUGCAAAAGCCAGAAAUUAUUAUUCAAGAUCCAAAAGGAAAAAAAUAUAAUACCUCUGAUUUCAAAGAAGAUAAGCUAAAUAGGCGGUCUGCUCGCCUUCGAAUACCAGGUGUUGCAGAGACAGGUACAUGGACUUACAGCCUUCGAAGUAAUCAUCCCAACUCUCAAUUAAUUACGGUGACAAUGACCACUCGAGCAAAAAGUCCCACCACACUCCCAAUAAUUGCAACUGCUCACAUGAGUCAAAAUACAGCACGUUACCCUAGCCCACUGAUUGUUUAUGCACGAGUCAGCCAAGGGUUUCUGCCUGUUCUGGGAAUCAAUGUAACAGCUAUCAUAGAAACUGAAGAUGGACAUCAAGUAACUUUAGAGCUCUGGGAUAAUGGGGCAGGUGCUGAUACUGUCAAAAAUGAUGGCGUCUACUCAAGAUAUUUUACAGAUUAUCAUGGAAAUGGUAGAUACAGCUUAAAAGUACAUGCCCAGGCAAGACAAAACACAGCAAGGCUAAGUUUAAGGCAACAACAGAACAAAGCUCUGUAUAUACCAGGCUAUGUUGAAGAUGGUAAAAUCAUACUGAACUCACCCAGAUCUGAAGUCAAAGAUGAUUUGGCACAAGUUGAAGUAGAAGCCUUUAGUAGACUAACCUCUGGAGGGUCCUUUACUGUGUCCAAAGCGCCUCCUAGUGGUGAUCAACAUCAUGAUUUCCCACCUGGUAAAAUUGUGGACCUGGAGGCCAAAUUUAAUGGAGAUUAUAUUCAACUUUCAUGGACUGCCCCUGGAUAUGUUCUUGAUAAAGGAAGAGCUGAGAGAUAUAUUAUAAGAAUAAGUGAGAGCUUCCUGGAUCUCCAAAAAGAUUUUGACAAUGCUACUUUAAUGAAUACUUCUCUUCUGAUACCUAAGGAGGCUGGAUCAACAGAAAAUUUUGAAUUUAAACCAGAACCUUUCAAAAUAGAAAAUGGCACCAAUUUCAAUAUUGCAAUCCAAGCCAUCUACCAAGGCAAUCUCACCUCAAAGGUUUCUAACAUUGCACAAGUAACCAAGUUCAUUCCUCCACAGGAACCUAGCAUCCCUGCUCUGGGUACCAAUACUGCAAUCAGUUUGGCAAUUUUUGUAUUAGCUGUGAUCUUACCUAUAUUUUAAACUAGAAAUUGUAUUAUAACUAAAAUUCAAUGUUAUGCAAAUUUGGUAAAUAUUCACUUAGAAUUUGAUUAAUUGUACUCACUGUCUAGUAUACAACUCUUUGCAAUACCAAAGGGGAUGUACAAAGUUGUAAAUUUCCUAAUUCCUUGAGGUAAUCAAUAUUGAUUGUGCUGCUAAAUGUAAGUUAAAAUGAGUAUGCCAUUUCCUGCCUUGAACAAUCCAUUAACUAAGUUUUAAUACGAAAAAAGAUGUAUACUUGCACUUCUAAGCUUUUUAAGAAACAUUUUUAACGGGUGUUACAAAUUCAUCUGAUAAAUUAACAAAACCAAAACCUGUCACUUCAAAUAUUUAUGCAUACUCAAAGCAAAUAAUUUUAUGUUAGAAUAAUUUAUAUUUCAUUCUUUAUUAUUAAUGAAUAUUUCAUGUUUAUAUAAGAAGUAAUCAGAAAGAUAAUUCUUCAAUGAAAAAAUGGACUAAAAUAGUAAAGAGGUCAAAUUUGUUUUUUAUUAUUGAUUAAAAGUGGCACAUCAAAGCUUCAGCCAUAGGAAUGAACUGACAAGCAAGAAUGCAUUUCUGCAUGAACUGUGGAACAUCACAAUUAAAUUCUGUCGCCAUUCUGAGAAUAUCAUUGGGUCCUAAAAAUAUUACUAAGAGAUUUUAUUAAGAUAGUUUUAUUUUCACUUCACUCUACACAGCAUCUAGAAUAGUGCUUGAUACAUAGUAGAUAUCAUACACAUAAUUACUAUAUAAGUUGAUGAAUACUUUCAUACCCUCAAAAUAAGUUACAAUUUGAUCCCUUUACAUUAAAUAUUCACAAAAAUAUCAUGUGCACAUGGUAUUAUGAAUAAUGAAAACUACUUGCCAACACUAACCUGAAAUAAUACAUGAGUUUCAGAAAAUUAAUUGUAUCAUCUCAAAGGAAUUUAUAAG